AUGAGGUCUCUAAGCAUAGCCGCGCUCCUUCUCCUACUGAUGGUAUUAAAUGUGCAUUGUAGAUCACUCAACAAUGGCGUCAACGAAGAAAUUGCGGAGACGGCUGAGAACAUCAAACGAUUGUUAGCGCUUCUAGAAAAACAGCAUGAUGGAACUGAAAGAAGCAACGAUGAAGGAGACGACCGAUCCGGGGAGAAACACCCAUAUGGAAGUAAAGACAACGAAAAAUCCGGGUCUGAGGAAGAAGGCCUAAAAGGAGACCUAAAUGAACGUGAAGCAAUCAUCAAACAUGAACAAGUCGAGAUAAGGCAGAUGGAAUCCUUCCUGAAGCAAGAACGUAAAGCUGUCCCUGGCGGAGCCAUCGAUCCAAAUGAGACCGACGAAACGAAGCUACACAACAGGAUACAGCAACUAGAAAAGGAAAUCCGCCGGGAAGAGGAUACAGUCCACAUUAGAAAUGGCAAAGUUACAAAGGUUCGUACCCAGGGAGAGGCCCCUGUCGGCUGGGCCUCGUUGGUUCGUCGAACCAAAUUGGAUGAUGUCCUUUCUAUGCGUGACAGUGAUGAUAUCCUAUAUACACCUGAGCAGCUGGCAGCCAUGCAGUCAACGACGGGAAAGCGUAGGCUUUACGAAUUUGUUUCCUGGCCAGACAAGGUCAUCCCAUACCAAUUCGAGAGCACAUUUUCGCAAUCUUCCGAUCAAGCAAAGGUCGUCAACGCGAUGCGGGUGUGGGAGUCUGUUUCAUGCGUCAAAUUCCGACCAAGGAUUUCAACCGACACGGACUAUUAUUUGAGGAUUACACCAGGCACAGGUUGUUCCUCCGCUGUUGGGAGAGUGAGAUCAGAUGGUGGUGGUCAGAAUCUCUUCCUUGCUCUUCCCGGUUGUGUGAGAUCUGCCGGCACCAUUCUUCAUGAACUUGGCCACGCCAUGGGGUUCUUCCACGAACAGUCCCGGUUGGACAGGGAUGACUCGGUCUCCAUCAACUUUGAUAACAUCGAGAGCGGCAGAGAACGCAACUUCUUCUCUGAGCGGUCAGAAUUAGUUGCGCAAUAUGACGUUGAAUCAAUCAUGCAUUACGGGUCUCAUUUUUUUAGCAAAAAUGGAUUGGCAACCAUUGACGCAAAAGAACAGGACGAAUCCGUAUUGAUGGGAAAUCGAGUUGAAUUGACGUUCUACGACAAAAAGGUUGCCAAUCGCGCAUACGAAUGUGCCGACCACUGUAAUUCGAGCGCUCCAGCUUGCACGAAUGAUGGCUACCUGAACAUGGAUUGUGUGUGUGUUUGUCCAAAAGGUUUGGGAGGCGCUGCAUGUGAAACGAGUGAUCCAACAUGGGACAGUAUAUGCGGUGGUAUGUUCUCUUUGGAUGAUGGCGAUGAAGUGACAUUGGAAUCACCAGGUUUUCCAGGUGUUUACCCCGCUGGACUUCAGUGUGCAUGGAUAAUAGAGAGUAAACGUGCUGAUUCUCUGGUAGUCUUGAAUAUUCUUACCCUCAACAAUGAAUACCUUGGUAGCUGUUCGGAUACAUUGGAGAUAAGAAAGAACCUUCUUGGACAGACUGGCAUCCGGUUUUGUGGUUCUAAUCCCGAUGUGGUUCCAGACGCCAACAGACCCAUCUUCAAUAUCACCACCAAACCUAACACACAGUCCAUGAGUGUCUUGUUUGAAAGUUCCCCAACUUCACAUGGGAUGACCAAGGGCUUUAAGGCUAUCGCGAAGAUAGCCAGGAGACAAACUGCUUGUACUUACAUCACAUGUCCCGGGGAGAGUUUAUACUGCGAAGACCAAGGUUCCUCCCUCAGUCACACAUGUGUAUGUAAAACAGGAUGGGCGGGAAGUGAUUGCGACAUCAGCGUUAUUACCACCGAAAUCAUCACAGAGGAUUUCGAAUCUUCCACUUAUUCAUUUGAUAUCGUCGAACCAUGGCGACUCAAUCAGAGACAAACUCUGUCCGGCGGCACUGGACCGUCUGGUGAUUUUACGAGCAGCUCCGGAUACUACGUCUACUUCGAAAGCUCUGCACCGCUACAGUAUGGAGAAAUGCAUCAAAUGAUUUCCAGUACAUUUUUUGACGGUACGUACUAUCAGGCAUCCUCCUGGCGGAGGACCAGAACUCUAUCAAUUGCUGACGUAAUUCCGUCCCUGCUUGAAUUGGCCGCCAUUGCCUCCGCAUGGCCUCGACUUUAG